AUGUCUUUGGGAGGGGGAAGUUAUCAUAGCCCGUGGUCUUCCCAGACCGCUCUCUCCGAGUUAGAGGGAGCUAUGGGAGAGCUGGAGCCCUUAGGUGAACUAGCAGAGGUUGGAUUUGAACCCCAAACGAGGGCUCGAUCGAACACGUGGCCUUUGCCCAGGCCAGAGAACUACGUUGACCCAGCGGAAGACGGGGGCUCCAAAAAGAAUUCUAAUCAAAAUCUUACUGGCGCGCCACCGUUGCCAAUAGCAACGAAGAAAAAUUCCUCUCGCCGAAACGCCUGGGGAAACCUCUCCUACGCCGAUCUCAUUACGCAAGCCAUCACAUCAUCACCGGACAAGAGGCUGACUCUGUCUCAAAUCUACGAGUGGAUGGUCCAAAAUGUGCCAUAUUUUAAAGAUAAGGGAGAUAGCAACUCGUCAGCUGGUUGGAAGUCUCGCCAUGCUGAAUAG